GGGAGUGACGCGGAUAUGAAAGCUAGUUUAUCCCUCUUUCCUUCGCUAUGAAAAAUAUUUAGACAAACUGGGCUAACGGCUGCUUGCCCAAGUUAAUUAGCUAAUUAUGCUGCUGUUGUGCAUUGUUCCUUAAAGAAGCAAAACACGGAGGGACGCCUUGGCUGCGAUUUAUUUAUCAUCUCGGGAUUAUAAGGCCGUCCUCCGAGUUGUUGGGAUAACUUUGAAGAAGUUCUUUGUAUUCAGGAUAGACAGACAGCUUGGGCUGCAACUUGAACAUGGACUGGGGUACAGAGCUUUGGGACCAGUAUGACAUCAUUGAGAAGCACACUCAGUCUGGCCUGGAGCUGGUGGAGAAGUAUGUGAAAUUUGUGAAGGAGAGGACAGAGAUAGAACAAAACUAUGCCAAGCAACUGAGGAACUUGUCAAAGAAAUACAACCUAAAACGAGGCAGCAAAGAUGAACCUGAGUGCAGUAGGUUCUCCAGCUAUCAGUCUUUCUUGGACAUCCUGAACGAGAUGAACGACUACGCGGGGCAGAGGGAGCUGAUCGCGGAGAACAUGAUGAUGAACAUCUGCAUCGAUCUCACCAAGUACCUGCAGGAACUCAAGCAGGAGCGGAAGACGUAUCUUUCAGAGGCCAAAAAAGCCCAGCAGAGUUUGGAGAGCACAUAUAAGCAGCUUGACAGUAGUAAAAAACGCUUUGAGAGAGAGUGGCGGGAAGCAGAGCGUGCUGCACAGUACGCAGAGAAGACAGAUCAAGACAUCAAUGCCACAAAGGCGGAUGUUGAAAAGGCCAAACAGCAGGCUCACAUGAGAGCACAUGUGGCAGAGGAGUGUAAGAACGACUAUGCUGCACAGCUGCAGAAGUACAACAAGGAACAGAACCAGUUCUAUUUUAAUGAUAUGCCACUCAUUUUCAAUAAAUUGCAGGACAUGGAUGAGAGGCGAGUAAGGAAGUUGGCACAGGGUUACAUCUUGUUCUCGGACACAGAGAAGCAUGUGAUGCCCAUCAUUGGCAAGUGCCUGGAGGGCAUUACUAAAGCCGGCACUAAUGUUAAUGAAAGGAAUGACUCUAUGGCUGUAAUAGAGCAGAACAAGUCAGGCUUCGAGCGUCCUGGGGAUGUUGAGUUUGAGGAUUACAGUCAAGGCAUCAACAGAGCCUCUUCUGACAGCAGCCUGGGCACGCCCAAAGGCCCAAUGGACCUUCUGGGAAAGAACAGGAGCAAAAACUUCUGGCUGUUCAGCAAGAAGAGUAAGCUCUCUCCCUCCACGCUCCCUCCUUUCUCUACUCCCCCCGCCCCCUCGCCUGCUAACGGACCCCCUUCCCCCAAGUUUGGCCGGGACCCCCUGUCGUACUGUUUGAAGGAGAUCAAUAAGACAGUCAAACCCAGAAUCUCUUCCUUCCGGACCCUCCGGAGAUCGAAGUUUACCCCAGAGAGGAGCAUGCCUACAGUGACAGAGGACUUUGCCCAUCUACCCCCAGAGCAGCGCAGGAAGAGGUUACAACAGAAACUAGAAGAAAUUGCUAAAGAGCUGCAGAAAGAAGUAGAUCAGAGUGAGGCACUGGGGAAGAUGAAGGAUGUUUAUGAGAAAAAUCCUCAAAUGGGAGAUCCUGCCAGCCUGGCCUCUCAGAUCAGCCAGACCUCCCAGAACAUCGAACGGCUCAGGGGAGAGCUCAACAAAUAUGAGACUUGGCUGGCUGAGGCAGGAGGUCGUGGCGAGACGUUGCGUUACAGAUCUCACACAUUCAACAACAAUGGCGCUCACGAUGUGUACAGCCCCGAUGGAGCCCACUCUGACGAAAGCACUCCAGAUGCCUCCCAAGCCAUUUACGCAGAGUUUGAUGAUGACUUUGAGGAGGAAGAACUGACUGCUCCUAUUGGCAAAUGCACAGCCAUGUACAACUUUCCUGGUGCCAGUGAAGGGACCAUCUCUAUGCAGGAGGGAGAGGUGCUGGCGGUAGUAGAGGAGGACAAAGGCGAUGGUUGGACCCGCGUCCGCAGGAACAACGGGGAUGAGGGCUACAUUCCCACCUCUUAUGUCACCAUCACCUUAAAUAAGUGACAGACACAUGAGGCAACAGACAACUCUAACAAAGGAUCACUUCAGAAUACUGCCCGCAGCUCUCCCCAUGGGACCAAUCAUAAAGAAGCCACAGCGAUAAGGGCGGGACAACCGGUGUGUCCGGGAAAGGACCUAAAUGAGGUGCUUUGAUUUCUUCAUAGAGAUGUGCUCACGUUUUUGCCACCAUAAUGGGCAGAUAAAUGGUGCUAACAGUAUGUCCCUCAUGGCUUACUAAAGUAGACUGAGUCAUUGUAAUCCCAGUUACCUAAGCCACCUUAACCACACUUUUCAAUUAGUCUUUGAAAUUUGAUCACAGUGCUUUUGUGGUUGUGGUUAAUUAGAGUUGCAGGAUUGUGAAUGGAUCUGAGGCACCAUCAUAUAGAUAUAUAUACACACAUAGGUAUAAGGGCUUGCCUUGUGCCACAGCCUUGUAAGGCAUUAGCUUCUGAAUGUGAGAGGAAGAGGAGGAGGCGGAGGAAGAAGAGUGCUGCUGCCAGCUCAACACUGGGUGUUAGUACCAGUAGGCUUAGGAGAUUGUUACCUCACCUGUUCACUUUUCUUCAUUUAAAAACUGACUUGCUCUCUAUCAUUCUGACCCAUGGUGAUCCACUUCACACAGAAAGUUGAACACAGAAUACGUGAUCAAAUGCAGGUCUCAGCUGUCUCACACGUGUCAGCUUCCAGCUUUAAUAACAUAUGAGAGGAUUUGAGGCACAGUCACUUUGCUCGUAUUUGGAGCCAUGACCUUGGGUUUUCACCAAGUGGGAAUGAGUGAGUGAGGGAGAAUACUUUGUUCUGAAUUUUCAGACAUCUGCGAGGCCAAAGGUAUCGACAGCGCUCAACAUGCAUGACAUGCACACAACAGUACGAACGUUUAAACAGACAAUCACAGCCAUAUCUCACCAUAGUUUAAACCAUUUCACUAACCAUCUGUACAAGGACACAGCUCUUGUUUUCUAAUGGUAAUCUGAAAUUUGUGCUGAAACAAAACAAAAACACAUAAUUCCAUUAUUUAUUAAGAAUGUGUAUGUUGCUAUAAAUAAGAGUUUCAAGUUUAACAGAAAAUCUAGUUUGUUUUAAGGAUGUCCUCACACUUUUAUCCUUGCACACACAGUUGAGUGUCUGUAGCCACAGUAGGGAGUAAAUAAUACAGACAUAAAAUGUGCUACAUUAAGACUAUUGUAUUUAUGUAAUAAAUAAUAUAUAUUUUAGCUAUCACAACACCACUAUUGUCUUAUUAGCCUUUUAACCCUUUGAUUAAAGAUUGUUAAAUUGUGAACAGCAAACUGAAAGUCUCUUACGGUAAGGUUGUUUUCAUUUUGUUUGGAUUUCUUUCACACCUUGUCUUGAUCCACAUCUUGUUUUACAUUGUUUUUGAGCCAGACUAAAAGAUUACUCUUUGUGUAAGCCUGACUCGUGUCUUGGUGCCUUUCUGGUUAAAAGCAUUGUGUAUAUACCAUAUUUGCAUACAAAAUAUCUGUAAUGUCUGUAUAUCUUCAAGACUAAAUAAAUGUAAAGCACAUUUUGAA